UUGAGAUCUUGGCGUGAUCAGAAGAGUUCGCGACAAGGUUUUGCCUUCACCACAUCGUCCUCUACUCCUCUCCCCGCAAGCUCCAAAAGCCACGGCCUAAAUAUAGCAAAGGCCUUCAUAGACUAAUCGAACAGAAGAAAGGAGAAAUAUUGGAACUUCUCCUCCAAGAUCGCUAUUUUCUUUCUCAUUUUCAGCGUUUCCUCCUGAUCAGUGCCAAUGGCGAUGUAAUGUGGCGCAUAGCUUGAAGCCCUUUUACUGGAGAGGAACAGGUGGAGGCGCUCAGAGAGAAGACGGAAAGGUGGCUCCUUUCUGCGCGUCCUGAGGGUUGGUCUUGCGCGUGUGGAGAAAGAAGAUGGCGGGCGGCGAGGGGGCGACCAAGGUCACAGGGGAGGGGGAGAUGCGGUCGCUGGCGCUGACGCCGACGUGGUCGGUGGCCACCGUGCUCACCCUCCUCGUCGCGGGCUCGCUGCUCAUCGAGCGCUCCAUCCACUGCCUCAGCAAUUGGUUGAAGAAAACUCACCGGAAUCCACUUCACAAAGCAAUGGAGAAGAUGAAAGAAGAAAUGAUGUUGCUUGGCUUCAUAUCUUUGCUUCUCGCUGCUACAUCACGAAUUAUCUCAGGAAUCUGCAUUGAUUCCAAGUACUACAACAGUAGAUUCUCCCCAUGCACCAAAGAAGAGGUUGAAGAAUCUAUAAAUGCUGAGCAUGCCAUAGCUCAUGCGCGCAAGCACCUAAUGGAGGUCAUUCUGCACCAUUCACCCAGGAGGAACCUAAAAGCUAGUUACCAUCACUAUCAAGGCUGCCGUGAGGGAUAUGAGUCAUUUGUUUCGCAUGAAGGUUUGGAGCAGCUGCACCGCUUUAUAUUUGUCAUGGCUGUAACCCAUGUGACAUAUAGCUGCUUGACUAUGUUGUUAGCAAUACUCAAGAUACAUAAAUGGAGAAAAUGGGAGGACGAAGCAUUCAGGGAUAAUCACGAAUCAUUUUCUCAGAUCGCCCAUGUGUCAGCAACUAGAAGGCAACCAGCACUUGCCAAAUCCUAUUCGUUCCGGUCGUGGAGCCAAAAUAAUGUGGUCAUGUGGUUUUUUUGCUUUAUCGCGCAAUUUGGUCAGUCCGUUGUUCGAGCAGACUACCUUAUCCUCCGCAAGGGUUUCAUAAUGAACCACAAUCUUUCACCGACAUACGAUUUCCACAAUUACAUGAUACGCUCAAUGGAAGAGGAGUUUGAGAAGAUUGUUGGAGUGAGUGGAGUGCUGUGGGGCUUCGUUGUUGCUUUCAUGUUAUUUAAUGUGAAUGGAUCUAACCUGUACUUUUGGAUAGCAAUUCUUCCUGUUACUCUUGUUCUUCUAGUCGGUGCGAAGCUGCAGCAUGUCAUUGCAACUUUAACAGCAGAGGGUGCAAGGAUGAGUGCUUAUGGACCAAGGAUAAAGCCAAGGGAUGAUCUCUUUUGGUUCAAGAAACCAGAGUUUCUCCUGUGGUUGAUACAUUUCAUUCUCUUUCAGAAUGCAUUUGAGUUGGCUUCUUUCUUCUGGUUCUGGUGGCAAUUUGGUUAUGAUUCAUGCUUCAUCAAAAACCACCUGUUAGUAUAUGGCCGUCUUAUACUGGGGUUUGCCGGACAGUUCCUGUGCAGUUACAGUACAUUGCCUGUUUAUGCGCUGGUCACUCAGAUGGGAUCCAAGUACAAGGCCGCUCUGAUCCCGCGGAGGAUCAGAGAGACCAUACACGGGUGGGGAAAGGCCGCGAGGAAGAGGCGGCGGCGCCGCGGGGACGACUCCACGAUCCGCACGGAGACGAGCACCGUGUGCUCCCUCACUGACGAGGACGACGACGACGACGACGAAGAUAAUCAUGAGCCGUUCGAGGAGACCCCAACAGCAGCCAGGAGGCCGUACCUGAAGAUCGAGCUGCAGCCGCACCGCGGCGGGAGCCCGAGGCCCGACACGCCGUGCUUCCAUCCCACCGCCAUGCCGGGCAGCAGCUCGGCCCACGCGAUGCUCCUGCGCCAGGCCUCGGCCUCGGCGCCGUCGUCGCCGUCCAACCGGGGUGGCAGCGUCACGAGGUCGGCGUCCAUGCCGAGAAUCGCUUCCUCGAGGACAGGCACGGGCACCCCGACACGCAUGAACGAGGAAGCUACGUGAUGUGCCGAUGCAUACAUACUGCAUACGCAUGUGACACUGGAUGUUGUCUACUGCUCUAGGAGGAAGUGAAAUUGCUAGUACAGUGUGAAGACUGAGCUGCAGCCGGCUGCUGCUAUAGAACUGGAUUUUGAGGUAGAUCUGAUAUACAGGUUUGAAUGAAAGUUAUGAUGAACUUUGUCUGAACAUAUCUUAGCAACGUGAGAAAUCUUGCUAGGAGAGACGCCUGCUCUGUCGGGAGUUAAAUCUGAGUUACUUUGUACAUGGAUCAAUGAUAUUGCUCCUCACAAUCUCACAAGUAUUUGGUAAAACGCGCGCUCUGUUUGGA